GUGAAUCCCCACUCUUGUCCUUCCUUAUAACCCCUAAUAAUCCAGGCUAGCCAGAAGAAAAGAAGUAGUGAGAUUCUGAAAGAAAAGUAUUUUGUUCAUUCAGCAAUCUGUUCCUCCUUCCUUGCUUUUUCUUUUUUUUUUCUGGUUAUUUUUUAUCCCUUGUGCCCCCAGCUCAGCAGAGCUGAUGGUGCAGUUCUGGGGCAUGUGGUUUAUUAGCAAAUUAUUGCUCUCCAGCAGGGGACCCAAACUUGGGUUUUGAUUUAAGAGCAGUAAAACCAGUUGAAACUUUAAAGUAUUAUGUGGAAUCUGGAGAUUUUAGUCAGCAGAAAGUGAAAGCACUGACAAAGUUGGGCAGAAUAUACUCUUGUUAAGUCUCAUGAAAUGAGGGAAGUAUGGGCAGAGAAUAUACCAGUGAGAGCAGCUGCCAGCUAGGAGGAGCAGGCAUGGAGGAGAGGAUUGGAGUGCAGUAGCAUGGAUAAUUUAGUGGUGGGGUUAGCAGCUGACUAACUAAAGCUCUCAUUAAUUCUUUAAUGUAUUAUUUAGCAUUAUUUUAAAAUAUAUUUCCAGAAAAGCCAUCGUGCACUGUAAUAAUGUAACAGGCUGAAGAGGAGCCAGGUAACACAUGCUGAAGAAUCUUUUCCUGUGUGUGUAUAUAAGGGUUUCCAACAGCUAAAGGAGCAGCAACAGCUGUUUGCAAAUGAUUGAUGGAUUGGAGGAGAAGCUGGCACGCUGCAGACAGAGCAUGGAAGAGGUGGACCUUAAACUGCGCAGGGAGAAGCUCAGCCCCGAAGGAAGAAAGUCACUGGAGAGAGAGCGAAACUUACUAAUGACCAAAGCUGACAACUAUGAGAAAGAACUGAGUGUGCUUCGUAAGGAAAAUCGCAAGAAUGCUGCCCUUGCUGUGGCCAUGGCAUUGCUGAUUGCUCUUAUUUACGCCUGCUGGACAAUGUGAUUGCACUCAAGAAUUCUCCCUGCUGAACAAAUGACUCCUGCAAGGAGCUCUUCCUCCUCUCACCAUUGUGCCUCCCCCAAGGGUGAGGAUCAGCAUUUCAAAUUACUCUUCUUGUUUAUUGUCUCCAAGCCUUGUUGUAGGGAAGAUUUUUUGCUGCAAAUUGAGGAGGACAGGAGACAAACCAGAAAUCAUGGCACACUUGUGCUUGGAAAUCAGGUCAACCAGAGCUCAAGGUGGUGCCAUCUUAGCCAAAACACAGUCAGGACCAUCCAGCCUGAUCCAGAAAGGCAAUACAUUCUCCCUUUUGAAGAGGACCUUUGUGAUUGCAGAAAGUGCUUUCUGCCCAGCCCAGGUGGCAUACACACCUUGGCUCCUGUGACACAGUCAUAAACUGAAGGGACCAAGCUCUUGAUGCAAAGGGUAAUCUGUAGGUAUUGCAAUUCUAUAUAUUCCCAGAGCUGAGCUAAAGAUUCUGCCUACCUCUCCAGUGCCUCAGAGCUUGGCAGCCAUUUUGUGCCUUUGAGAAUCAGCGUUUGCAGAAGACAAUUUACUAUCAACACCCAGAGAAGAAAGUGCUUCUGUAGAGCUUUAAAUAAAAUAAUUUGACCUUUUAA